AUGACUGAUAGUUACUCGUUGGAUUCUCUAUUGCAACUAAAGUUGCAAGUUCGAAACGGAAGUGAAGAGUUUCUUGCACAAUUUGACAGUAAUAAUCCAACUCAAGCCGCUGAAUUACAAAUAAGGUACAAUUCGAUUAUUUCCUGCCUAACUACUCUAGAAGAAAUAUGCGACGAAAUUCAAUUAAUCGAUGCGGAAACAGACCACAGCCCUGUAAAAAAAUCGAUUCAAAAUUUGUCUUUCCAAACACUCGCUCAAGCUCAAAAUAUUUUGAAAUCUAUAUGGCCACAAUUUAGUGCAAAUGCAAAUCAAGUUAGUCACGAAUCAAUCUCCGGUAACGAAAAUGUCAAUGAAUCGGUUGCGUCGACGAGCCGUAGAAACCUCAAAUUGCCUCAAACGGUACUCCCAACUUUUAGCGGUAAAAUGGAAGAAUGGUUGUCAUUCAAAGACACAUUUCGCACGAUGAUACAUAAUCAUAAUGACCUUUCAAACGUCGAAAAGUUACAAUAUUUAAAAUCAGUUCUUAAAGACGAAGCUUUACGCAAAAUUCAAGUUUUCUCUAUUACCGAAGAAAAUUACGAUCGGGCUUGGAGCCUUCUUGAAAAGUCAUACGAAGAUAAGCGCUCUUUAAUAUCGCGACAUCUAAGUUUAUUAUUGCGUUUACCCGUUCAAGAAGAAGAAUGUUAUAAAGGAUUGAUAACUCUCGCGGAUGAGUCACAACAACACCUUCAGUCUUUGGCUACACUUGGUGUAAAUUUGAGUCCUGAAAUAGUCGUGGCUAUUAUUGAAGAAAAAUUGCAUAAAUUCACUUUAGAGAAAUGGGAUGAGACAAUAAAAAAGGGUGAAUUUCCCAAGUUAGACGAUCUCGUAGAUUUUCUCUACAGAACUGCUGCUCGUUUAUCUAAGCGCGUAGCUCGUGACUGUAAUACGGUCUCAAAUACAGAUAAAGAUCCGAACCCUGCUAAAAAACGAAAAAUUGAAUCGAAGCGUCAAGUUCUCUUAAAUUCCAUCACAAGAAAAUGCCCACUUUGUUCCGAUUCUCACUUCCUUUUCAAAUGCGGUAAAUUUUUGAAAUUGACGGUCAAUGAGCGUUUCAAAAUCGUGAAAAGUGCCUCCCUUUGCUUCAAUUGCCUACGAAUUUAUUCAGCUAGAGAAUGUAAAUUUGGAAGUUGUAAAAAAUGUGGUAAGCGUCAUAACACGUUACUACACUUCACUAAACCACAUGAACAAAAUGACCCUAAAGAAACAUAA